GUCUCAAGCGGCAUCAGCUAACUGCUUGUUGUCUGCUGUAAGAUCUAGCCAAGUUUGUAGACCUGCUGUUCUCAGCUUAACGUUUAGUCUUCAAUCGAGCAGCGGUGCAGAUACACGCGUAUUUUAAAAUCAACUCGGCGCAACGGCAGUGCUCAACGGUGUUACAUUUAAUGUUGAAUAAAAUUUUGUGAAAUAAAAACAAAGGAAAUUUUCAUUUGGUAAAACGUGAAUUUAUUUUUUACAUUUUAUUGCUGCUCUGCAAUAUAUAUAAUAUAAUAUUUAACGCAUCGAGCUAAAGCGGUUUCUUGACUCGCAGAUACACCUUCGGGCUGUUUUGUGAUUUUCCUGCAUAUUUCUUUGUUGUUGUUUUUUAAUGCCACUUUUGAUUGCAACAAUACUUGGAAAACUAGUCGGACGUGUUUAUUCGACGAGGUGAUUCUUUGAGUCAACGCCGUGCAGACAUAUGUGCAUAUGUAUGUAUGUAUGUAGCACACGCUGAGUCUUCUUAACCUUCGAAAGACGUACUUUUCCGGUGCUAAAAACCUUUUUCUUCAUUUUUUUUUCAUAUUACAUUACAAAGUGAGAACGAGGAAGCGUGAAUACAAACGAAAUAAUUAAAAAAUUAUAAAAAGAAUAAAUAAAACUAAAAGUGAGCGGUUGAAAUUCAAUUCGAAGCCUAAAGCAAAACUGAAACUGAAAUCCGAGACGAGGAAGAUUAGCGAUCUGGGUAUGCCCAGCGCUCAAGUCACACAGACAGAAAAACAUUGGCAACGAAGAGCGACAAGCCAAGUGCUGUUAGAAAGAAUUGAAAGAGAGUUGGAACAGUAGAUGCAAAGAGCUGCUGGCGACAAUCAUAGCAACUAAAGCAACAACAGCACUCAGCAUAAUAGCCAAAACAGAAGGCAACCGCCGAAGGGAAGGCGAGCAUUCUAUUAAAAUUGUAUGAACAGCCAGUGGGCGUACGACGAAGGUGGCAAGUCAGAACGACGAGCCAUAUACCUAAAGACAUAUAUGAUAUACACAUAUAUAUGUGUUGAUGUUUGUGCAUAAGUCUAUAAAGACAUUGUUCCCUACGCACAUACAUUUGUAUAUGCAUACGCGCAUAUAUAAAUCAGUAGAGAUACAAGUCAAGAUAUAAUCGCCCUAAGGAAAACGAGGCAAACGAACACUCACACACAUACACAAACACAAGAGUACGAGUACCCUACUAAACUAUUGCUACGAUAGCUACAACAUUCAACUAUUUUUCUUCAUACUAUACAACAACAUUACAACAGCAAUACGCCAUUGCUAUUGCGACAACUAUCACCGUGCGCCAACGUCGAACUGAAUUGGUCUGCUUAACAUCAGUUGUAACACUUGACGAGACAAUAAACGCAGCGCGGCGGGCGGUAGCAACAGCAACAAAAACAACAGUAGCAAAGAAAUAGCAUUGAUAUAUAUAAGGAAAAGUAGCAUAGUCUGUGAAACGCUACAAGCGAAUGAGUACAAUCGAAGGAGUAGAAGGAAAAGAAGCAGAACCAAAGAGUGUGUAUGUGUAGCAGAUAUAGCGAAGCGAGUGCCAGAGAGCACUAAAACAGCAAGAGUACAAGACAAAAACAGCCGACGCUGCUGCUGCUGAAUGAAUGUGCAGUAUAACAUAGUAGCUGAAGCGUAAGGACGUUGCAACCAUUGCGGGACACACAGAGCAGCAAAAAGAAUUAUUACAAACUAUACGCAGUGGGAGCGUUGUAAGGCAACCAAAAAAAAAAAAAGGAAAAAUAAUAAUAAAAACCAAAAAACCAAAAACCCAGAGACUCUGGCGAAUAGCUGCAGUUGCUACAUUGUCAUGCUCAUUGUUUUUGUACGAGUGGCAUAAACAUUGGCGUAACAGUAAAAAUAGCAAACGAAGGCAAAGGCGACGACAAUAACGAAGCGGUAAAAGUACGAUAACUACGAGUUACAAGAUACAAGUUACACACAACUUACAUACGAACAACGAAUAUAUAUAUAUAUAUUUAUAUAAAUAUACUUCGAAGCUUGCGACAGAAGUAAGUAGUAGCGGCCGGUAAACGCAGUGGCUGACAUUGAAGUGGCAAAGGGAAGAGUUGGACGUAGGACAUGCAAAGCAAGUGAUAUACACGACAUACAUACAUACUCACAUAAAUGAUAUAUAUGAAUGUGCAUGCACCAUAAUACGGCACACGCAGUCACGAAUACACACACACGCUUACGCACUUGCAUUGAAAGCUAUAAAAAAGGUUUAAAAUAGAAGGAAUAGCCAUUCCAGACGAACGCUUGCGACGCGCACUAGAUACGAAGGUCGCAGUUGAGGAGUAUUGAACGCUGCUGCUGCUGCUGCUGGUGGCUGUUGACACCAACAAGCACAAACAACGAUUGUAUACGCUCAGAGUAGAGAAAAGGGAAUAACAACCGUCAGCAAGAAAUUGCGCGUGGUCGUACAUACAUACACAUUUGUAUUGUCUGUGUUACUCAUACGACACGACGCACAUCGGUCCGUGCGCCACACAGCACAUCCUACACAGCGCGACACUUGAAGUAUAAACAACAGCAAAAAUACGUUGAGCGGAUAAAAACCCAAAAAAAAAAAAACAAAAAAAAAGAACAAAAAAAAAAACAAAAGACCAAAAAAAAGCAUUUGCGAAGGAAAAUCGAGAAAACCCAAAACACAACAAAUACAUCAACAAUCAGCGCUAUAUUUCAGCUACAACUACAAUUACAACGACAACAAACAUUAUUAGAAACAUGGAUGCUGAAACGCAAAGUGUACCACCCAACAACACCGUUGUUGAGGUGACAAGCAUCGAAACGGAUUUAGCGAAACGACGUCGCCAAUUCAAAGCACAGCCAUCGACAUUGGCCUCGCGGCGACAACAGGCGGUAUGCGUACGUCGAGCGCAUAAAAUGUAUGGAAAUAGCAAAAAUCCGAAUGUUAUUUUGGAUGGCAUGAAUAUGACGGUUCCUAAGGGUUGCAUUUAUGGCCUACUAGGUGCCUCAGGUUGUGGUAAGACAACUCUGCUCUCAUGCAUAGUUGGCAGGCGUCGUUUGAAUUCGGGCGAAAUCUGGGUACUCGGCGGUCGGCCGGGAUCCAGAGGCUCUGGUGUACCUGGACCACGUAUUGGAUAUAUGCCGCAGGAAGUUGCACUCUAUGGCGAGUUCACGUUGCGCGAAACACUAAUCUACUUCGGCAUGAUUUCGGCUAUGGCCCGCAGCGAUGUCGAUGACCGUACGGAAUUUUUGUUGAAAUUUUUGAAUUUGCCAAAUGGUUCGCGUCAGGUGAAAAAUCUCAGUGGCGGCCAACAGCGGCGUAUGAGCUUGGCUGUGGUGCUGUUGCACGAACCGGAGUUGCUUAUACUUGAUGAGCCGACAGUGGGCGUAGAUCCAGUCUUGCGGCAAAGCAUCUGGGAUCAUUUGGUUGACAUAACAAAAACUGGCAAUACAACUGUGAUAAUCACCACACAUUACAUAGACGAGUGCGCUCAGGCACAUGUGAUUGGACUUUUGCGUGGCGGUCGCAUGCUUGCCGAAGAGGCGCCCAGCUUUUUGCGCCAACAAUACAAUGCCACCUCAUUGGAGGAAGUCUUUUUGAAGUUAUCCGUAAUGCAGAAUAUGGGACGCCGGCGUCGUUCGUCGAUUGCACAGGAAAUUGUCGAACAAGUCCAAGUGCCGGCUAUUUCGAAUCCAGCAUUGGAUUUGUCGGAUGAGCAUAACACAGCCGAUAUUUCGGGUGAAUUUGGUGAUAAUAUAUCGAUGAAUUCGGCAAUACGUGAUCCGAUAACAGCCGCAGAGAUGCCUGCUUCACCCCUGCCCUUCGAUGAUGAGCCAACAACAACGUUUUGGCAAGCACUAGAUGUGAUAACUUGGAUUCAUAUGCGUGCUUUAGUAUGGAAGAACUUUUUGUGGAUGUGGCGCAAUGUUGGGGUCAUGCUUUUCAUUGUCGCCUUACCCGUUGUACAAAUUAUACUUUUCUGUUAUGCUAUCGGACAUGAUCCCACUGGAUUGAAGUUGGCUGUGGCAAAUGGUGAACUCUCCGAACAAAUGGUUAUCGAUCAAUUUUGUCCUGUUUUCUCCGGUUGCAAUCAAACGCAUUUGAGUUGUCGUUAUCUGGAUAUGUUGAAAACGAAUAAAAGUGCGCAUGUGAAAUUUUUCCAAACUGAAGCCGAAGCAAAUGAAGAAGUGCGUCUGGGCAAUGCCUGGGGCUCACUAGUAUUCGAUCAAAACUACACACUCGCUUUGAAUGAACGCGUGGAGAGUGGACGUUUCGCGGAUAAUGCUACUAUAGAUGCCUCGGAUAUUAAUGUGCGUUUAGAUAUGUCAAAUCAACAAAUCUCCACACUACUCUACCGUGAUCUGCAGUACACCUUUUUCGAUUUCGUUGAACACAUACUCGGCGAGUGUGAUGUUAGUCCGAAGAUCGGUCGCAUACCCAUAGGCUGGGAGCAGCCCAUUUACGGCGAGCGUAAUCCGAAUUUCACCGAUUUCGCCGCACCCGGUAUCAUUUUGACCAUCAUAUUCUUCCUAUCGGUAGCCGUCUCAUCAGGUUCCAUGCUAAUUGAACGUAAUGAGGGCAUGUUGGAACGUUGCUUGGUGGCGGGUAUUACCGGCACCGAGAUACUUUUCUCACAGGUGUUCGCACAAUUCGCCGUCGUCGUACUGCAAAUGACCUUUGUGCUAAUGUUCGGCUUCGGUUUCUACGGGCUCGCCAUUGAGGGUAGCAUGUGGCUCGUAAUUGGACUCUGUCUACUAAACGGUUUGUGUGGCAUGUGUUUUGGCUUUGCCAUAGCAUGUGUCUGUGAUACGGAACGCACAGCGACCUAUGUGGCAAUGGGUUUCUUCUUGCCAAUCGUAAUGUUGUGCGGCAUUAUUUGGCCCAUUGAGGGCAUGUAUCCGGUGUUGCAAAUCGUAACAUAUUUCUUGCCAUUGACUAAGCCAACCGAGUGUCUACGCGCGAUUUUGCAGCGCGGUUGGAGCUUCUCCGAACCAACGGUAUAUAAUGGCUACAUCUGGACAUCUCUAUGGAUUUUGGUGUUCUUGAUGCUCAGUAUUUUAUGUCUCAAAUUUAAAAAGGGUUAAAUGCACAAUAUCACCUAGUAGUGUGUUUGUGUGUGUAUGGGUGUUCAUGUAUUGUAUAUGUGUAAGUAUCGUCAAAGCGCUGUGGAGUGCUGCAGUAUGAGCGGUUACAGGGUUGUAAUUUAUAAUAGGUAAAAGCGAUAAAAUUACAAAAAUAAAAUUAAUCUUAUAAAGUCUGCAAACAUAUGUUUAUGUGUUUGUGUAAUUUGCGCUUUUACAUGGUAUUUUGUCUUCUUAGUUUUUAGUGUGGGGCCGUUGCUCCUUCUGGGCACUUAAUGUAGGCAGUAGACAUGACAAAGAUUUUUUUCUUGUUCAACGGUAAUUUUUGUAGUUGUAAGGCAAAGGGAAUUUACACAUGUAUAUAC